AUGAAUGGAUUUUCAGAUCAUGGCUUGGACGAGGAUGCCUUUGGGGAGAAGACAGGCAAUAUUGUCCAGGCUUUCGACGCCUUUCCCAAAGCCAAACCUCAAUAUGUGACCCGCACCUCAGGCGGCGGGAAAUGGACCGUCGCAAUGCUGAUCGUCUCCUUCAUGCUCAUCUACUCCGAGUUCUCACGCUGGUGGCGGGGCCACGAAACGCAUACAUUUACUGUGGAAAAGGCCGUGGAGCGAGGUCUGCAGAUCAACCUGGACAUAGUCGUGCCGAUGAAGUGCGAGGACAUCCACAUCAAUGUGCAAGAUGCGGCCGGCGACCGAAUCCUGGCAGGAGUGAUGUUCACGCGUAAUCCGACGCAGUGGGCGCAGUGGGUGCAUGAAAGGGGUGUGCACAGGCUGGGGACGGACGCAAAUGGCAAGAUUAUUACGGGCGAGGAGUAUCUUGAUCAUGAUGAGGGCUUUGGGGAGGAGCAUGUACACGACAUCGUUGCUGCUGCUGGUAAACUAAAGAAGGCAAAGUUUGCGAAGACCCCGAGGUCACGGAAAUCCGCUGAGAUGGACAGCUGUCGGAUUUUUGGCAACCUGGAAGUCAACAAAGUGCAGGGGGAACUUCACAUUACAGCUCGAGGUCAUGGGUACCAAGAGCUUGCCGCUGGUCAUCUGGACCAUCAUGCAUUCAACUUCUCCCACGUCGUCUCCGAGCUUUCUUUCGGCCCCUUCUACCCCUCCCUCCACAACCCUCUCGAUCGCACAGUCUCCACGACCCCAAACAACUUCCACAAGUUCCAAUACUUCCUUUCCGUGGUCCCUACAGUCUAUUCGGUGGACUCCAGCACAACAUACUCCUCACAAACUCUGUUUACUAACCAAUACGCUGUCACCGAACAGUCCCAUGUCGUUAGCGAGUUUUCCGUACCCGGAAUCUUCUUCAAGUACGAUUUUGAGCCGAUGUUGCUCACAGUACAAGAGAGCAGGGACAGCUUCCUGAGAUUUCUGGUCAAGGUGGUCAAUGUUGUCAGUGGGGUACUAGUAGCAGGGCAUUGGGGCUUCACUUUGACAGAAUGGAUGGUCUCUGUAUGGGGAAGGCGUCGGAGGGGGAGAAGCGAUGGAGUCCUUGACGGCAAAUCCUUUGGGAUGGAAUGA